CCCAUUUUCUAGAGUCUCGAGUGAUAGCCUACAUAGUGGAUCGUGCACUGGGGACCGACCUGUGAGCGGAUAGAAAUAGGGAAUACUAUCGAAUACGCCAUGACAGGUAAACAAGGAGCAGUGCUUACGGAAACUUUGAAAUUAUCCAAAACAUCCUCAUUCGGUGCUAACGGAGGAAAUAACAUCCUGCACCAACAAUCAAAGAAUAGCGCCACGCACCCUCCCAGAUGCACGGGAUUUGGGAUCCAGGAGAUUUUAGGGCUGAAUAAAGAGCCUUCGGCGGCCCCGAGGACAGCCCUGGAGUCUCUGCCAGCUGGUGCACACCUCCUUGCGGCCAGAUCAAUGCUUGGUCCGGCUGGUGUAGGAGUUGGGAUGGGAUUAAUCGGGCCAGGAGGGAUUCCAUCUUUCUACAGCCAACCAGCGUUUUUGGAGGUCCUGCAGGACGCACAGAACGUCCACCUGCAGCCCCACAACAGAAAUGUCCGACCGCUGGACGUCAGUCAAUCCGCCAGUUCAGACUCGGAGGAUUUGUCGUCAACUGAACGAAAACUCUCAAAAAACUCAUUAAACCAGAGCAAGAAACGGAAGAAAAGACGGCACAGAACCAUAUUCACAUCUUACCAGCUCGAAGAGUUGGAAAAGGCCUUUAACGAAGCCCACUACCCUGAUGUGUACGCACGUGAGAUGCUGGCAAUGAAAACAGAGCUGCCUGAGGACAGAAUACAGGUCUGGUUCCAGAACCGUAGGGCCAAAUGGAGGAAGAGGGAGAAGUGCUGGGGUCGCAGCAGUGUCAUGGCUGAGUAUGGGCUAUAUGGAGCAAUGGUCCGUCACUCCAUCCCCUUACCAGAUUCCAUCCUGAAGUCUGCCAAGGAUGGCAUCAUGGACUCCUGUGCCCCAUGGCUGCUUGUUCAAGAUGGCUUUCCAAACAGCAGACGCUUUUCUAAACCCGAAUACCCACAAUUCUUUUCAGGGAUGCACAAAAAGUCCAUGGAAACCACUGUCGGCCAGCCAACAGGGAAGUCUGAUGUUCCCCAGCAGCCAGCCAUUCAGAGGGCAGAAGAGUGUAACGUGGAGGAAAAGAGGAUGGAGGGCAAAUCAUCAAUCUCCAAAGAGGAACUAAGAGAGAACAGCAUUGCAGCACUCAGAGCAAAAGCACAGGAGCACAGUGCCAAGGUGCUUGGGACUGUUACAUGUGAGAGACCAGAGAGCAAAGUAGAGAGACAGGCAUCAGAGGAAAUAUCCAGCUGCCAUUUGAGUCCAGUGGAAGAGCCCAACAGUCCAUAGACACUGACUAUGUAAAGACCUGGCAGUGCCAUUGACUGUGCUCUAAACCUCUGUAUGGACUGUACUCGACUGAUCAGUAUUAUUCAGUGUUCUCUCAGAGGUUUUGUUGAACUCAUCUUUAGAGGUGUCAGAUAGCCUAGUGUUGCGUUGGGCCAAUAACUGAUGGGUUGCUGGGAUGAAUCCCUGAGCAGACAGGGUGAAAUGUAUGUUAUUAAGCCCUUGAGCAAGGCACAUGACCCCAAUUACUUCCCUAAGUGACUCUUGAUAAGAGCAUCUGAUAUGUAGAUCUCUGUUUUACUGCUUUGAACUGACCUGCUUUAAACUGGUCUCUAUAUUGGAGAGAUGAAAUAACUGCAUUUGUCUUCUGUUGACUAAGAAAAACAACAAUGCACUUUCUGUCUUUCUUACUCCCUGAAAUAUAUUAUAUUGUUAAAAAUGGUUAUGAAUAGGGUAUUAUCCCAUCCACACAGAUGUACAUAUAUUGCUGACAACCUCUAUUACCAGAUGAUGCUCACUUUACAAAUGUCUUUUAUUGAAUACUCAUAAACCACUCAUUCAGGAUGCAAAGUGAAUUAUUGUGUUGCUUAGAAUGAGACAAUUUGGACAUUUGUUGAUAUAAAUAGUUUAUAUCUAAUUUACAACAGGGAAAAAAACAAAUUAAUAAGAAAACAUUAAUUAAAAUGGUGACUUACAUAGUUCCUUUCUGUAUAUAAUGAAGAUAAAGAUAUAGCUCACAAAGGCACUCUUGAAAUAUACGUUAAUGUAGUCUUAAAAUGUUUGUUUUUGUUUAAUAGUCUGUAUGAUAUACAAUAUAAAGUAUUAAAAACAAUUUUUUCAA